AUGGCCAACGACACCAUGAUCAACCCCUCCAGCUCCGAGCCGGAAAUGACCCAAGUAAAAAAUUACGGCACCACCACCGUCGUCCCGGCCGAGCACACCACUUCCAACACCGACUCCCCCGCCGGCAACAACGCCAAUGACGCCGUCCUCACCGACACCGACACCGACUCGGCCGACCUCGUCGCCCUGGGCAUCCAAAAGCUCGAAGCCCAAAACGCGCAUUGGUACUCGUACCUGAUGACCGUCGACUUCUGGCUGAUCAUCUUGAUCGGGCAAAUCCUCUCUCUCUGCAUCACGGCGACCAACACCUUUUCUUCGUUUCUCAACGAGCAAGGCACCUCGAUCCCCGCCAUCCAAACCAUCUUCGUCUAUGCCUUGAUCUUCAUCGUCUACUUCCCCACGGCUCUCUACCAGAUGGGCGGUCCCCGCAACUUCUUCAGCCAGACCUGGCGCCACAGCUGGAAGUACAUCAUCCUGUCCUUCCUCGACGUCGAGGGCAAUUACUUUACGGUCUUAGCCUACCGCUACACCAACCUGUUGUCCGCCCAACUGCUCAACUUCUGGUCCAUCGUGUGCGUGGUCGUCAUCUCCUUCGCCUUGUUGAAAGUGCGCUACAAGUGGUUCCAGAUCGCGGGAAUCCUGAUCUGCUGCGGCGGCAUGGGCAUCCUGCUGGCUAGCGACCACAUCACCGGUUCCAACGGCGGUCCGGGCGUGGACAUGGUUAAGGGCGACCUUUUUGGUCUUUUGGGCGCCACGCUGUACGGCAUCAGUAAUGUCUACGAGGAGUGGUUCGUUUCCAAACGCCCCGUGUACGAGGUCUUGUCAUUCCUGGGCUUCUUUGGAGUCAUCAUCAAUGGUGUCCAAGCAGCCAUUUUUGAUCGGGACGCGGCUACGAAUGCGACCUGGAACGGGCCUGUGGCGGGGUAUUUGGUUGGGUAUACACUGGCUAUGCUGAUUUUCUACUCCCUUGCUCCGCUCAUCCUGCGCAUGGGCAGCGCCGCUUUCUUCGAUAUCUCCCUCCUGACCGCCAACUUCUGGGGCGUGAUUGUGGGCGUCAAGGUGUUUGGGUAUGUGAUUCACUUCAUGUACCCGAUCGCGUUCGUCUGCAUCAUUGUCGGCCUGGCGGUGUAUUUCUUGGCGGGAUCAGUGUUGGGAGAUAGCAAGAAGCCGUGGUUGGGCGCGGAUCAGAGUGACGGCGUGGCGGGCGUGGGAACGGCCAAGUUGAAGGCGCUGAAUGCUGCGAGACAGCAGGAGGUGGCUGAGGGCGAGGCUGGGGGGAGGGUUUGA